AUGUCACCCAACGCUACGACUGAAUCCGCACAUUCGGGCCACCACAUGACCGCUGACAAGGAAGCUGUAGCGACGCACUUCUUGACCAAGCUCGCCGAGCUGCAGAGCCGCUUCGACGCGCAUACCGACGAGUUCGCCUCCAAGGGCAAGCAGCUCCUAGAGACGGCGGUCAUGCGCUUCGUGGAUCACAAGGAGCCCAUCACGAUGGUGCUGCCGGGGUUCGCCAUGAAAACACCCAACCACGGAGGGAAGGUGCUGGGUCCGCUACCCGAUCGUGCCGAGGAGCUCGCACUCGCACGUCUGGAGAAGUUUUGUGCCUCCAUCGAGGAAGUCUACCCUAUCGGCUGCAAGGUUACGAUCUUCAGCGAUGGCCGCGUGUUCGGCGAUCUGGUAGGUGUAACUCCUGAGAACAUCCGUGCGUACAAGAAUGGUCUGAAAGAGCUCGUGAAGGACGCGGGCCACACGCACAUCCAGUUCGACGGGCUUGAGAACUACACCAAAACCGACGAUCCGGUGCAGGAGGUACUGGAGCGCUUUCGCGUCGACAAGAUGAACAUGGACACCCGUAUCGCGAGCGAACCCGAUAUCGGCAACAACUUCCGGUUGCGAUGA